AUGCAAGAACUCUUGACACAACACCUGGACGACAUUGCAGAGUCUGCGAACGGCCGCGCAAUUCGUGCUGCUGGUGGUCGCGGCCGGGGCGGCAGGGUACACGGCAAGGUUCCCAUCCGUGAACUUUCAGUCCUGCGCGGCGACAAAGACCUUAGAUGGGCGAGACAGCAGCUCAAGAAUUGUGAGCGCGAGCAUGCCCAUCUUCAGCACCUUUUGGGAGAUGAAGAUUCCGAGAGAGCCCUGCUUGCCGAGAUUCGGCAGGUAGAGUCCGCGUUGGAGCUGGAGAAGCGCAGACUGAGAAAUCUCCAGAAGGAAAGUCAUAAACGCGAGAGAAGCAUGGCCCGCGCGGCUGAACGAGCUGGCGGCGGAGAACUUGGCAGCUUGAACAUUGAUGGCAAUGCAAGAGCUCUCAAGGAGGUGGAAAGGCUGGAGGCAGAACUGGAAGUCUGGCAGAUGAAAAAUGCAUCCUUAGAGAAACAGGUCGAGGAGUUGACGGCUAGGCUUCGGGAUGCCAUCCAAAGCCAGGAAAGGAUGGUUUCCAGACAUCGGCAGUUUCAUACAAAGGUGGAGAGCGAAGAUGCAGGAAAGCAAGAACAGGAACAGCGCCAGCGACAAGACUCUCAGAUCCAGGAAGAGAGGGAACUUCGCUCUGAGAUUCAGAGCUUAUUGGACGCGCGGCGCAGCAGCGCCAGAAGCGCCGAGUCGACCAUGAAAGAGCGAGCGCGUCGCUUGGAGGAGCUCCGCAGGCAACAAGCAGAGAAAGAGGCCUGCCUCUCGCAGCUGAAGCUGACUGAGCAGCAGCUGCGGCGUCAAUUUCGCAUAGAGCACCGCAGGCCCGGCAGUACGAGAAGUGGCCAGCGUGGAUCCAGGGCACCAUCUUCGCCAAAGCGGCCGGCUGAUAGGGGCAGAGAACCCACUUCUGGUCAGAACAAAGCCCAAGAACCCGAUCAAGAAGCGCCGAGGCCAGGUUGA